AUGGCAGUUGCAUAUAAUGAGUUUAAAUUACUUUUGGAGCACCAGAUUGCUUUAAUGACUGCCUUAACGGAAAAACUCUCCAGUUCUUCCCUUCAAUCAGGUUCCACGGGCAGCACUCCUUCGGUUGACAAUAUCUGCAGCAGCAUCUCCGAAUUCCUGUAUGACCCUGGCGCUCAAAUUACCUUCGAGUCCUGGUAUAAGCGGUACGAGGAUCUGUUCACCGUUGACCUGGCUUCCCAGGCUGACGCGUGGAAGGUCCGGCUGCUUCUGCGCAAACUGGGCACGGUCGAGCACCAACGUUAUACAAACUUCAUCCUGCCAAAGAAGCCCCGCGAUGUUCCCUUUGGUGAAACGGUCCGCACGUUGUCGCAGAUCUUUGGCGAACAGUCCUCGCUGUUCAACACCCGGUACCAAUGUCUGCAGCUGACCAAACGAGAUGCCGAUGAUUUCGUCACAUACGCGGGCAUCGUCAAUCGGGAAUGCGAACGGUUCCAGCUUGGCUCCCUCACAGAAGACCAGUUCAAGUGCUUGCUUUUCAUUUCUGGCCUCCAGUCCGCCCAUGAUGCCGACAUCCGAACGCGCCUCCUAUCCAAGCUGCAGCAAGACAGCACGAUCACACUCCACAACCUGGCCGAGGAGUGUCAAUCGCUGAUCAAUUUGAAACACGAUUCCGCGAUGAUCCAGAACGCUUCCGCGCCUGGUCUGGUCCAGGUGGUCGCAGCCCCCAAGCCGCAACCUUCUGAGCGGCUCUCCCAACUCAACCGAGCGAAGUCCCCACCCUAUCCGUGCCGAUUCUGUGGUGCAGGCCAUUUCCACCGAGAUUGCAACUUCCGACAGCAUCGAUGCCAACGUUGUGGCAGGGUGGGGCACCGUGAUGGAUACUGCUAUCCUACGUCGCACAAGGGGGCCAAACCUGG